GCCUCGCAUUUGACGCUCUUGUGUCUUGAGUAAUCUGAGCACGCUUUAAUCCAUAAUUAUUGUAAUACGGGUGAUGUGAUUGGUGAAAUCUCGUUGACGGCUCGCAGUUACAGAACCCUGCAUAUGAGCUCUUGCGCAGGAACGUAUUCGGACCAAUUGGGCUGUGCUUUGUCUUCGUCACAGGAUGAAUGUUUUACUAAUUUGCAUUCUGCUGGCGUUUCCCGCUGCGAUAAAAGCUAAUCCUGCUGUGAAUUCGAUUGAAAAUACAAAUAAUGUGCACAGUGUUACUCGGAACCAACUGGAGGAAGCAUUCCUGAAGAAGCUCAAUGUAAAAUGCUCAGAGCGGGAUAAUCAUUCUUGUAUGAUGCUGAAACUGAUAGUCUACAUGAAUCGACUUUUUAAGAAGUCGUCAAUCGCUAUAAGCGACAAUUUGAAGGUAGUUGACGGCAGCGAACGCAGUAAACAUGAGGAAGAAGAAACUGAUAUCGAAGACGAGGCUCUCCUAAAUCGUGCUCUACGUUCUGAUGAGGAGGCGCUCGGAUUUGUAAUAGCUGAAAAAUUAUGGCAAUUCAUUCGUUCAAGAACAGUUCGAUACAGAAUUCAUAACUCUGCCGAAAUCGUGUUGGCUACGGAGCCACGAGGAAACUUUAAUAUCGGGAUCUCGAUAAGCCCAUUCAGAUCCUAUGAAGAAGGUCGAGGUAAAAUGAAACACAUGGGGCCGAUUUUGGCCGCCAUUGCUACCAAAAUGGGAAUCAUCGGAGCAUUAUUUAUAAAGGGAUUGCUUCUCUUAGCUGGAAAAGCAUUGAUUGUAUCAAAAAUCGCAUUGCUGCUAGCGGUGCUUAUUGGACUUAAGAAGCUCCUCGACAAAAAACAUGUAACAUACGAAGUUGUGCCGCAUCACCAUCCACACGACCCUCAUGUAGGACAAGAUAGUUACAGCAAUGGAUGGGCGAGGGCGUUGGAUGGUUUUAUUGAUGGUCUCACCAAUGUACCUGCGAAAAUAAUAGAUGCACAGGAGAUGGCAUAUGCUACCCAGAAGAAAUCAUGACAUCAUGGAUUGCAUUUGCUUAAACUGUUCCGACUUUCUCCUUAUGGUGCGAAGUUUUAAUUUUUAUGUAUUUUAUAGAUAAUCAUAAUAAUAACUAACAUGAGACAUGUAAAACGUACCUUUUAACAUAAUAUAAUUUUAUUUCAAAGUCUUUACAAAUAAAUAAAUAAAUA